GGAAGCUGUCUCGUGGGGCUUGUGCUUCUGAACUAUGUGAGCCGGGUGCUCUAGUGCAGUUUCUGGGGGAAGUUGGAGGUUGGCUGGGGUUGAGGCACCCUUCUCUGUGUUUUGGCAGGGUCACUACUGUUCGUGAAUGGAUCUAAAAGAAAGUUUCACAGAAAGAGGCUCAGUGAAAGGCAUGUGUAGAAUGUAGCUAUGCGCUGGCAACGGAAAAAGACAGUGUUCAGAGACAGAAAGAAACACUUUGGGAUGAAAUUGCUGAGGUGACAUCAAAAGAUACAAAAUGUUGUAUCUCAAAGUUUUUUAAAUCUUCGACAACACGACAAUGAAGGAUAUAGUUGAGGUUUACAGUGGUAAAAAUAGAGAUGGAGUGGAGGCGGAGAGAUUACGAGAGAGAUUAAUUAGGGAGAUGAGGAAUUGGGGUAUGCAGGGAGUGGAAAAGACAGAAAAAGGACGCCUAAAACUGAGAACACUGUAAAGGAAGACAAGAACUGGGUCCCCAGACAGUGGAAGAACGGCCGGGUUUUUGUGUGAAGUACAACACAGCAUAACAACUGGCCAGAAGACACAGAUUAAACUCUGGUGGGUCUGACCACAACAGGAAAGGAGGGCGUCCAUCCCUCACAUACCAGGGAGAGGAAGAAGAAAACGGUCCAUUUCUACCACUUCAAAGGACACUGCGGGGUGCAUUUGUGGCGUGAAAGGACAGGUGAGGGUUGAACUACAACGACAACUCUGGGCUGUGGACCGAAGUGUGGAAAAGCAGGGCGGAGAGGAAGACGACGAAGAGGUGGGAUAAGAAGAGAGGCAGGUUAGGCGUGGAGCCCAAACACAAGCAGGAUGGGAGAGAAGAAAGUUAGUCUCCCUGCUAAGCUGAUUAAUGGGGGCGUGGCAGGCCUGGUUGGUGUGACAUGUGUAUUUCCUAUAGAUCUGGCCAAGACCCGCCUACAGAACCAGCAGGGUAUCCAAGUCUACAAAGGAAUGCUUGACUGUUUGGCCAAGACGGUGCGCUCAGAAGGCUAUUUUGGAUGCUACAGAGGUGCAGCGGUAAACCUCACUCUAGUUACACCUGAAAAAGCCAUCAAACUGGCUGCCAAUGAUGUCUUCAGACAGAAGCUCUCUAAGGAUGGGAAGUUGCCGCUAUGGGGGGAGGUACUGGCAGGGUGUGGGGCUGGAACCUGCCAGGUGGUGGUAACCACACCCAUGGAGAUGCUAAAGAUCCAGUUACAAGAUGCAGGAAGGCUCGCUGCACAAAGGCCAAUGGCAGCUCCAGCACAGGCUGCUGCUCCUGGGCCAGCCCCAUCGCUGGUGGCCCCCUCUUCACAAGCCCAAUCAACCCCACCACCACGACCCUCAGCCACAGGCAUCACCAUGGAGCUGCUGAAGACUCGUGGCCUAGCUGGUCUCUACAGAGGGGUAGGAGCCACCUUAAUGAGGGAUGUCCCCUUCUCUAUGAUCUACUUCCCCCUGUUUGCCAACCUUAAUGCCCUGGGCCGGGAAAGUGCAAGUGGGCAGGCUGAUGUGCAGGCCCGGGCGCCGUUCUGGCAGUCCUUUGUGGCAGGCUGCUCCGCUGGCUCAGUGGCAGCUGUGGCAGUUACACCGCUGGAUGUAAUAAAGACCCGUCUGCAGACCUUGCAGAAAGGUGCCGGGGAGGAUACAUACAGAGGAAUUCUGGACUGCACAACGCGCAUCAUGAGGCGAGAGGGUCCAUCAGCAUUCCUGAAGGGUGCGACCUGUCGUGCUUUAGUCAUUGCUCCUCUUUUUGGCAUUGCCCAGGGUGUCUACUUUCUUGGGGUAGGGGAGACAGUACUAGGGUUGUUGGGAUAGCAAUGCUAAGUACCAGUGGCAGCAGUCAUGUUGUUUCUGUGCAGAUAAUAUGCUGCUUUUGUUACUCAGUGAGCAGAGAAAACAGAGACAGAGGAGAAAUACAGCCACAAUCCACUAACCAAAGGAAGAGCAAUAGUCAGAAUAUGCAUGAAAGAAGCUUCAUUUACUAAUAUGUGGACUACCGGGUUCACACUAAUGUUUCUCUAGGUUUUCACUUGCCAUAAGCAGGAUUCUGUAGGUUAAGCAAGGUCCUUUGUAUGUGUAUGAUUAAUGUGAGGAUUGUGUCCCAAGCUGGCCUGGUUAUCCCAGGGUAGUUCCUGCCAAUAUGCCUGGGCUUAGUCCUUUCACCUGAGAGAGAUCUGUUCUUUUCUGGGACAAUUGGUGCAUGUUGUUUGAGCCUGCUAACUCAAAUGCCAGCCAAUCCAACAGUUUCUUUGGCCUGUGCAUCAACUUUUUAAGAAUGUCUCCUUUCAAGCUUCAUCUAAAAACCCUUUACAGACAUGGAAUAUACAACAUCGCUGGCCUCACUCUUUUUUU